AUCAUUUGGAACAUCUUUGGUAAUCCUCUCACUACUCUUCUAAAGCUGAUACCAAACCCCCCACCCUUCAUGCUGACCAGUAGAUAUAUAGCCAAACAAUGUGACCUCAUCGACAAAGUUCACUCAGAUGACUUCCUUUGGCUGGCCAAAUAA